CGACGAAGCUGUCAGGCCAACGAUUGUAUCCCGCCCAACCUGAUCACUCUUUCUUUCUCACGCAGACUACCGCAUAUCUGCGUGCCUCUCCGUCACCAUGGUUAAUUUAUUCAAGCGGAUGCGGAAGCUGAAUACUAGGAUCCUCAAUAUUCGCGUUGGAACGGGCGCCGCAGUCCUCCCCUCAGCAGCUACCGCAACCCCGGAAUUCCCAGCCAUUACACGCCUACACCUCACAUAUGCCACGAAGAUCUAUGGUGGACACCAGGGUGCACGACAUUUCUGGCGGAAUUGUCUCACUCGCCUCAAGUAUCAUAACCCGGCUAUCCCGAUCACGGUGAAACAAACUGCGGAUCAGGAAGGACCCGCCUCUUUGACGGUAUAUUUCGCAGAGAAACUCAGCAAUGCUGCUUCGCUAAGCGCAAGCGCGGCCAAGGACCAGCAUGCUCCCGAACCGUCUGGGACGGAACAGGCGGCCGUUGUGGAUGUCAGGAACCUGAGCUACACUGAUAUCUGGAACAAACUUAAGAAUAUGACCGGGGCGCAAGAGGUUACCGCCACUGAGGAGGAGAAAGCCGAGAUGCAGAAACUCGGGCAGAUCGCACAACAAUCAGUCCAGGACCGCGCACGAGUGGCUGGUAUUCGACAGGCCAAGUUGGAUCACGAGCGAAUGUUACAAGCAGCGAGGGGAGAAGUUGAGAAAUUGAAACAAUUAUAGAUACGUUCUCUGGGAGAUGGCAUUGGACUCUGGGAAACAAGGUCUGUCAUUGUAGCAUAGCAUUUUUUUUUUCGAUGUAUUUCAUGUACUUUUACUCUUUUAUGGAUGGAUAGCCACUUGAUAUAUUAA